AAGAAGGAAGAAAGGAAGAAGAGGAGAGGGAAGAAGGGAGAGCUGAAAGAAAGAAGUGAAGUAGGGAUGGGAAGGAAGACAGGAAAGAAUAUUAUACAGGAGGAAAGUAACACACACACGCACACACACACACACACAGAGAACGGGACACCCUCUGCACCACAGAAAACGUUAACGCACGUGGUCCGAUAAUUUGUGAAAACACCUCCAGACGAUCUGAAGCGGGAGUGAUCACGGGGCUGCUGGCUUCAUCGUGAGGACCAUGCUAGUAAUGAUGAUGACGAUGAGGGGGUGCACUGAGGGCGAGGGCGUGGGUGUGCGUGGUGGCGGCGGGGCAGGUGGCGUGGGCGCGGCGGUGGCGUGGCUCCUCAGUCUACUCGGCGGGGCCUGCUGCUGCUGCUGCUGCUGCUGCGCCCACCGCUGCCUGGGUCCCCGCCACCUCUCACUCGCAGGUACAGGCUCCACAGUUCAGGCUGAUUUCUUCGUGUUUUUGGUGUGGUUUCGUGUGCCAUUGGUUUCUGUGCAUCCGCCCUCUUGCCCUGGGGGUGUCUGGGGCCUUGUGGGGCGUGAAAUAAUCGAAGGGCGUCGUUCCCCCGGCCCGGCGGCGGCGGCGGCGGAGGUGGUGGUAGUGGUGGCGGCAGGACCCCGACGCUCGCCUGCUGCCACGUAGAAGCCCUUUUAUUUCCCCGGACGACUUCUCCCCGUGUUGUUCCUCUCAUAGUGAGUUUGUGACACAGGAUGUUUACGUUGUGGGCUGGUGAGCAGGGGAAGGAAGUGGUGGGCAGGGGUGCAGCAGGGGGACGCUGCAGGCGGCGGCGGUGGUGGUGUUGGUGGGACCCGUGGAUCCGUGCUGGUGGGGACGCCAUGUUCCUGCGGCCCAGCCUGGCCGCCGCCCCUCAGCCCCGCCUGGAGUGUUCAGGGUGCUCAGUGCCUUGCUCCACACAUUAAGCGAAUAGAGAAGUGAGUCCUAACCUGUUGCAUGGUGAGAGAAAUGAAGUGAAAUCGCCAUAGGGGUGACCCAGGGCACUCGGGGCCGUGUGGGACGACCAGCACCAUCACCCAGCCUCGGGGCGCCCGGGGAGGGUGCAGGGGCCCCUCGCUGCCUCCUCGCCGCCUCGCCCCGCCCCGCCCCGUCCCAGCUCGCCCCAGCGACCAGCAGUUGUACCCUCCUGCUGAACGCGGGCGGCCUUACCUCCGGAGGAAUACGGCCUGCUGCCUGGCCUCCUCUGAGCCUGAGAACAGUUAUUGCUCGUAUUGUUUGUGUGCACAGGAUAACCUAACCAGGAUGGAGGAAGGCUACCUGGCGCUGCGCUGGAACAACCACAACACCAUCUUCACCAAGCUCCUCACCCUCCUCAGGGAGCAGGAAGCUUACGUUGAUGUGUCGUUGGCUUGUGCUGGAAGGCUGUACCCUGCCCACAAGUUUGUGUUAUCAACAUGCAGCGACUACUUCAAGGAGAUGUUCUCCAAGAACCCCUGCAAACACCCCAUUGUCUUCAUGAAGGACGUGUCUACCAAGGAUAUGGAGGCACUGCUAGAUUUCAUGUACAAGGGGGAGGUGCACGUGCCCCAGAGUGAGCUUGGGUCACUGCUGCGCACGGCAGAGGGUCUGCAGGUGAAGGGUCUGGCAGUGCCAGAUGACUCCCCACGUGUCUCCUCCUCAACUUUACCUUCCGCUGCUGCAGUUGUGCCUUCCGUCCCGUCCGUCCCACGCUCACAUCCGCCCACUUUAAUAGCGCCCUCACACCUACGAGGCAAACGCAAGAGGCCAGCAGAAUCCACUAGAAAAGAUGACCCACCAAAAUUGACUCUUCGACCAGACCUUGGACCCCAGACCAUGAAGUUCUCCAGCCGGCAACGGAGUCGACCAGCAACCAUGCCGGAGCUGAAGAGGAUAAAGCGUGAGCAAGAGCACGUGGCCGAGGCAGGGGAAAGCAUGGAGCACGGGGAGAUGCCACACUCCCCGAGCCCAGUUCCCAGCAGCCACAACAGUGAGGACCCCCAGUUGAAUCAUGCUACCAAGAUCAAGACUGAACAACCUGACUCAAUGAAGGAAGAUGAUGUUGAGCAAGAGGAGGAUGAGGGUGUUCCUGGUGAGGGAAUAUCUGGGGAAGAGGAGCCAGAGGAAGAGGAGGAAGAGGAAGAAGAAGAAGAAGAAGAGGAGGAGGAGGAAGAGGGAGAGGGACUGUCUCAUGGGGUGUUAUCAGAUGUGGAUGCUUGUGAACAGUCCAACUCUUCCCUCCCAAACUCUGACAUGUCCACAACUGAACUCCUCCAAGUUGACCUGAGUGAGGACGGCACGCAGUUCAUCAUCGGCCCAGGAGGGUUUGGGGAAGCCAUGUCCCGUGCCUCCUCAUUGGCUGGGGAUGAGGAGAGAAAUGGGGACCAGGAACACAAGAAGCCAUUUGUCUGCCCAUUGUGCGGCCAGUCCUUCACGCGCCGGGACAACCUAGCCAACCACAUCAAGACCCACACUGGUGACCGUCCAUUCAUGUGCCAGUAUUGCCACAAGUGCUUCUCCAGGAAAGAUUACCUGAAGCAGCAUGAACGAAUUCACACCGGAGAGAAACCUUACGCGUGUGACAUAUGUGGCCGAGCCUUCACACGGAAAGAGGGCCUCACCGAUCACAUGCGCUGCCACUCAGACUUCAAGGCCUUUUCUUGUGAAACCUGUGGUAAGAGCUUCAAGCAGAAGUGUGGGCUGAGGUUUCACAAGAGGAAUUAUAAGCACUGACCUCUUGAAGAAGGUGGGCACUUAAUUUAUUAGCUCACAGCUAAUGUGGUCUUGGUGUGUACCAAGUGUAUUGUGUACAACAAGGGCAGCAGGCGUGAAGAUAGUUGUGGCACAAUAUGAGGUACCGGAAUGGCUUAAUUUAUGAUUAAAAUUUAGUUUUAAUUAAGGUAAUUCAUGUAAUAAGUCAGUUUUAGAGAUAAUUUAAUUUUGUACAAGAUAUUUCAAUUAUGAGUUGAACCAUUAUUUAGUAUUCUUGCCUUUACACUUAUCACCCAAGUCUUAUUGACUGUCCCUCUACUGUUUGAGAGUUAGUACAUCUCCCUUGGCAAUCCCCUGAUUGGACACUUCACCUCACCAUUACUGAGAUCAGAAUGGAAUCUAGUACAUAAUAAGAUUUCAGGUUAUCAAGUUUAUUUGCACCUGCUGAGAAUAUUCAGUGACUCGGUCCUCUUCUUAUGGGAUUUAAAUAAUUUGAGUACAAUUGUUAAUGUUGAGUUUAGUCAGUAGAGGCAGCCAGAUGAGGCUUUUUGUUCCUCAUGUAUUCUUCCGUGAUCUCAGACCCACAAGCUUCCAAACUCAAUGACAGUGCACGGCCUGUCCUGCCUUGGAAGGGGUGUGACGCCUUCCCUCCAUCAUGCACACACUCCUCUCGCUGUUUCAGGCAGUUUGUUGCACUUCACUUCCUGUUUUUUUUCCAGCAAAGCACGGAUAUCUCCUUGUGUCAGUAUUGUUUGUUUAAUGCAUUACAUUUUGUUGCCAAAGAAAUUUCCAUAAGAUUUUAGUGGCCAUAGCUAGCUAUGUACCCUAUGAUACACACAUGAUAUACACAAAUAUUCAGUUUCCUCUUUUUUUAGUAUUUUAUGAAUGUAGGGUGGCACAUUUUUUUUUUUUUUUUUUUUUUUCUCCAUAUACAAUGAGCAUGUGUGUGUGUGUGUGUGAGAGAGAGAGAGAGAGAGAGAGAGAGAGAGAGAGAGAGAGAGUUCAUAGCUUUGCUCAUGCAUGUCUUGUACUUAUUCCCCUUGUUCAUCUGGUUUUGUCAGUUCAGUUUGCAGCGUGUGCUACUUUGGCACCUCUGCUUCCAGUGAGGUAAGACUGCUAGUGUCCGGUUCAUGUCUUUCAUAUUUUCAUGUCAUGUUACCUCUGUACUCAUUAACUAGUUUAUUUUCCAUGAUAUAUGAGAAAAAAAUGUAAAGUUGUCUUGUGUGCAGUAGAGCCUCAAUUUAAAAGCAGUUAAAAAUAAAAAAAUAAACUAUUUUAAAUUAUUUUUGCUCUUCAUCAAGCUGUUUGUGUAAUGCUUUAACACAACACAGCACUUUAGAAAAAUACAGGUUCAAAAAUAUUUUACUCCGUAAAUAUUCAUUAGUAACCUCAUCCACAACUGAGGUACUCAUUUAUCAGGCAACUCACAAGGGAGAAUGCACAUUGGGGCAGGCUCUCUGUAUUAACUGCUCAGGCUCAGAUUAAAACUGGAACUUGCAGCUUUGUAGAGGCACACAAACCACUCUGCCAUGUAAGUCAGAGGUGUUUGCUAAUUGCUCUGCUUUCCUCUGCAUUAAUGUGUUGCUUCAACAUCAACCUUGUAGUGGAUGAGAAUUCCUUAUUUAGGACAUGGGGUCAACAGUACACUGCAGUUUACCAUAAUUUAUCCUCUCUUGGGUCCACUUGACCCUGUUUACUGAUUGCUUAAGAGAAUGAGUAGAUGGGUGAGUUGUGCACUCGUACCUCAGCCCAGACUUGAACAAAGGCUAGCAGUUUCUUAAGGAAAGUUAGAUGCACUAAGCCACUUGGGCCUAAGAGGGUGGCACAUAAUUCAGAAUAUGGACUACACUAAUGUGUACUUUGGUGCAAUACCCUGCUGGAAAAGAUAUGUGCUGGAUUGACACAUUGUCCAACUUUCAUGGCUAAAGAUUGAGGUUCUUCAGUACCUUUUUCAUUCCCAUUAGUAUUUUUCCUUCUUACUGAUCUGCCCCUUUCCUCUCUUCAUAUCAUCAUGAUGCACCCUCAGUCCCAUCAGUAUCAUCAGCUGCAGUUAUACAUAAUAUGAAUUUUUAAUAUAGCAGUAUGUCACGGAAAUAUAGGAAAUUUUCACUUUUUGCAAGGGUUUUGUUCGCAAUGAAAGAUUGAAAAACAAGAUUAACAGCUUCCAUGUUGAUUGCUAGGCAUCCCAGAACUGCUAUGAACUCCCAACCAGUCUGGUAAAAUAGUUCUGGCACCUGAAAAGCUGAAAUCAAACCACAUAAGCAAAACUCGUUAAUAAAGUCUCACUGUGGUUGCAAUAGUUUGUGGAAAGUAGGUGUGGUGCUGCAAAGAAUAGUCCCACAUCAGUAAUUUAUAGUAUCCAAUCAACCCUUCAGUGUGUGCUUCCCUUUGGAGCAGAGGAGAGGAGAUACAUACAAGAUGCCAUUGAUGAAAGGAUGGUAAACAGCAUUGAGUAUUCAGUAGAUAAUACAAAACUGGCUUAUUGUACUUUAAGUUGGAGGGCCAAUUUCUCUGCCUAUUUUGAAAAAUUUCCAUGUUCUAUUGUUGUUCCUAUCAGCUCUCACCAAGGACAUAACUAAGACAGAGAACAUCAUCUUUUUCCUUCUCAGUGCAAAAUACUUGUUUCUUGAGAUUGACUGUUCCCCACAUGUUUGUACCUCUUAUGACAUGAUCACAUUCCUGUUACUCUAAAUUUCUUUUCCCUGCACUACUUGUUUUCUCAUCGGCCACCGUUCUCCUAUGUAUGGAAAAUUCCUUGCCAUCCUCUUCUGCCUUCUCUCUACGGAACUUUUUUUAAGGACUUAUGAGAAAGUGGAGAAAACCACGCGUAGGUAGAUUUGGACAAAAGUAGUGGUUGGAUGAGAAGAGCGGGUCAGCCUAAAAGCCUGCUACAUUUAGUGAGAUGCAUGAUAUUAUGCAGGAUGAAAAUGAAGGAUGCUAUGGAGAUGGGAACAGACAGGCUGGGAUAAAUGAGGUUGGCAAGACAAAAUGAAAGGCAGAAUUAACUGAUUUAAAUUGCUUCCCUGGCUGGCUGCCUCAUCUAUUUGAUGGUGAAUGUCAAUUUUCAGGAUCAGGUUGUGACCUCUUCCAUGUUAGGAGUGAAAAGUUGAUGAUCAUGGAGGGGGUAAGGGAAAACCUCUAGAAAAGAGGGAAUAUAUUUUUAGUUGGAAAAAGUAUCACCCAGUAAAAUGGAUCAUGACUCACCAUGUGUCAGAGAUGCUGCAUUGUUUCUUCACAUAGGAAAGGUGUCACCUUGCAUCUGCUAUUUUUUUUUUUUUUUCCACAUUAGUUUUUUCCAUAUUGUGUAGCUUUACAUGCCACAACCUAUUUCCUCAUUUAGAUUAUUUUUCUUGUCAUUUCCAUUCUUCCAAUUUAACCAUACCAAUUCACUCACCUUCUCUCCACCUGUCACAGAACAGUUUACCACAGCCACAGUUUAGCAUCUACAGUUGUAGGAUUAUUGCUUCCUUUGGAAAAGUCUGCUGCAUUACACUGCAGUUGCAGUAGUUUGAUAAAAUAGGAUUUAUGAAAUUUAUAAAUAUUUGAGAUGACCUUUUUUAGGAAACAAUUUAUACCAUGAUUAUGUGGAAUAGCAUUGCACCAAUUUGAUAAGUACUAUGCCUGCUAAAUGGGUAGUGCAAGUAGUAAUAUUAUAUUAUUCAUAACGAUGUAAAAUGAUUUCUUUUAUUCUGUUGUUGUGAAUGCAAAGCUAGAGCAGUCCACAUUAAAUGUAUUGUAUCCAGCAAGGAAAAAGGUACUCCUCAGCUUCACUGAGCCACCGUACACAGUUGUUGUAUACGAUAUUCAUAUGACAUCUUCCAAAUUGGGACAUGACAGAUAGUGUCUGCAUGUGUCUGGCUACAUUUUCAAAGACACAUUAUAAUUUCAUCAUUAUGAUCCCCUUCCCCCACAGCACAUGGGUCAGAAUGACCUAGAUUUAGGAUAAGAGUAAGGACUGCAGGCCAACAUAGAUCACCAUUCACUUACAGGAUCCCUUUAAAAUUAUUUAAUCAUUAGACAGUAAGUACAAAUUCAGCAUGUUAAAAGUAUUUUAACUAACAAGGCAUCAUUCGUGCUAUUAUUCCUUACUGUUGGUAUUUUGAUUGGGUUGGUACGUGAAGGCCUUGUGCAGAUUAGCUCAUAAAACCCUUAUGUAACAUUUAUACAUGCAGGGUGAUUAGUGAUCUGUGACAUAACUGAUUUCUGCUCCCAAAAGUUCAGAAUUGGAGUGCAGUAGUACGAAGAUUUGGUGUCUUACUUUUUAGUCAGGUGAACUGGAGGAAUCAUUUCAGGGUACAAUGUAUAGUUGUAAGCUGCAACAAGUGCCCUCACUCCUCAGCAUCUGUAGCCUUAUUACCUUGAACUAUGGCCAGAUUAUAUUUCCCUUAGUGAAGGCAUUCUAUUUACUGUUGUCUUGUGCCAUUAUACAAAGCUUACAUGGGUCAAACUCCAAUAUCUCACUAUUUUUAUUGGUGGUAUGAACCUUGGAAUUGGAGCUCCCCUUCAGUUGGACAGGCAUGUGGCUGCAGGUUUAAUGAGGGGGCUGCUGCUUUUAUGUUGAAUGAACACUGAAUCUGUAAAAAUCACUUGGAAUUUAUAUGAGCAUAAUUAGGUACUUUAGUCUGGAGAGCUAAGAUGUAUAUAGUUAUUAUUGUUGUGUUCUCAGUAUAAAAGUGUGUUUGACAGAGGUAAACUGUCAGUUGAAGAGUUUGUCUCUGCUACCUCUGAGGUGUUCCUUGACCUGCUAUCAAAGGAGCAGACAGCUGCAGUAGUCCUCUCCUGUUUACCAGCAAGUUAAUCACAAGCAGUGCCUCACCAGUAUACAGAGCCUGUGACAACAUUAGAAUAUAAUUUUUCCCUGUAUCCCCUUAAAAUGUUUUCAAGUGACAAUAGGCUCAGUGUAUAUUAAUUUUGUAUUUACAAGAUGACAAUAUUAUAUAGGAGUUGUUAUGCAUGGCCCAAACUCCUGAUAAAUAUGUAUUUUGUAUAACAGUCCAUUUUAACUUGACUGUAACAUAGGUUUCUCAGUCAUUUUGUAAAUUAACUGGCAAAUAAUACCUUGUAUGUAUAUUAACAACAAGCAAGUCUUGGCUUGCCUUGAGUUGUGGGGUGUGGGAAAUACUGAACCUCAAACCUCACAGAUAACACUUGAGCCCCUUCCUCCUCCCCUCCCCCCACUGUCUGCCCCACCCACUGCCUUGACAGUGACACCUCCUCCAGGAUGCACAUUCUCAUCCAGCCACUGUAACUAGUCUCACAUUUCAGAAAUGUUCUUGAACAAAUGGCUUCAUAUUUUUGCAUAUAGGAAAAGUUAAAAAAGUUGCCAUGUUUACUUGGGUUUGACAGUCACUUUUCUUAGUCUUAGCUGUAAGAAUUCAUGUGAUAGGACUAAUUUAUAAGACUUAUUUUGACAAAUAAACUGAAAGUAAUA